AUGAGCUCCACUCGGAACAGCAGUCUGGCCCCAGGUCUGACCAUCAUCCCCACCAUGACCUCUGUGACCUGGGUCUAUUUUUCAAUGACAUUUCUUGCCAUGGUCACCUGUGUUUUGGGGAUGGCUGGCAACAGCGUGGUGAUUUGGCUGCUGAGCUUCCGUGUGCGGAGGUCUCCCUUCUGUGUUUAUGUCCUCAACCUGGCGGUGGCCGACCUCCUCUUCUUGCUCUGCAUGGCAUCCUUGCUCAGCCUGGAAACAAGGCCCCUGUUCACCUCCAGCACCUCCAGCAGAGUCUACGAGGGGAUGAAGAGAAUCAAGUACUUUGCCUAUACGGCCAGCCUGAGCCUGCUGACGGCCAUCAGCACCCAGCGCUGCCUUUCUGUGCUUUUCCCCAUCUGGUAUAAGUGCCACCGGCCCCGGAACCUGUCAUCGGUGGUAUGUGGUGCGCUCUGGGCACUGGCCCUGCUGAUGAACUUCCUGGCUUCUUUCUUCUGCAUCCGGUUCUGGCAUCCCAAUAAAAAACAAUGCUUUCAGGUGGACAUGAUCUUAAGCAGUCUUAUCCUGGGGAUCUUCAUGCCCGUCAUGAUCCUGUCCAGCACCAUACUCCUCAUCCAGGUACGGAAGAACACCCUGCUGCGGAGACGGCGACCCCGUCGGCUCUUCGUGGUCAUCCUGGCUUCCGUCUUCGUCUUCCUCACCUGUUCUCUGCCCCUGGGCAUCUAUUGGUUCUUACUCUACUGGGUGGGACUGCCGGAGGAUGGGAGGCUCCUGUAUAUCUGCUUGUCACGCUUCUCUUCAUGUUUGAGCAGCAGUGCCAACCCUGUCAUCUACUUCCUCGUGGGCAGCCAGAAGAGCCACAGGCUGCAGGAAUCCCUGGGUGCUGUGCUGGGGCGGGCACUUCGGGAUGAGCCUGAGCCCGAGGGCAGGGAGACGCCAUCUGUGUGCACCAAUGAUGAGGUCUGA